CGCGUGGGUGCAGCACCUGUACUGCAGAACAAGUAGAACAGUGGGUGUGAGCAUUCUCAUUUCCUCACUGUUCUUGCACCUAGUUGGGUCUAAUGUUCAACAUUCAGUUCUUGUUCUUGUCUCAUCCAUAAACGUUCUGUUGUUCCGCGUCGGUGAAGACGAACAAAGACUCCCGUCAAUUGAGACGCCAAACUUUGUUUCACAAAAUGGCUGAUUUUUUACAUUCAGAAGCAGAAGAAAGCGAGGAGGAGAAGGAAUUAGACGAUAAUGAGAAAAAGAAACUGAAGAAAAUAAAAGCUAUGGAAGAAAGUGAUGAAGAAGAAGAGGAAGAUGAUGAGGAUCGUUUACGGGAGGAACUUAAGGAUCUCAUUGACGACAACCCUAUAGAAGAAAGUGAGGGAGAUGAUAGUGAUGCUUCUGGAAUAUCUCAAAAACGUAAAAAAAGUGAUGAUGAGGACUUUGAUGAUCGUUUAGAAGAUGAAGAUUAUGACUUGAUAGAAGAAAAUUUGGGAGUCAAAGUUGAAAGAAAACGUUUUAAACGCCUCCGAAGGAUACAAGAUGAGGAAUCAGAGGAGGAACAGGAAAAGGAGGCAGACGAUGAUAGAGAUGCUAUUGCAAACGAACUUUUCGAAGGUUCUGGCGAUGAAAGGGAGAUUGCUAUGGAAGAUGAAAGGCGGAGCGAACGUAGUCACAGACCUGAAGUCGACACAUUUGACGAGGAAGGAAGUGAAGGAGAAUACACAGACGCUGAUGAUUUUAUUGUUGACGAUGAUGGUAGACCAAUUGCCGAGAAACGCAAAAAGAAAAAGCCAAUUUUUUCUGAUGCAGCUUUGCAAGAAGCACAAGACAUUUUUGGUGUUGAUUUUGAUUAUGAUGAAUUUGGUAAAUACGGCGAAGAGGACUAUGAGGAGGAAGAAGAGGAAGAAGAGGAAGAAGAAGAAGAUGAAUACAUGGACGAUGAAGACGCCGAGAGACCGCGAAGGCCGAAAAAACAGUUGAAAAAGAAAACUACGAGAAAAAGUAUUUUCGAAAUUUACGAACCAAGCGAACUUAAACGCGGUCAUUUUACCGAUAUGGAUAAUGAAAUACGGAACACAGAUAUACCGGAGAGAAUGCAACUUCGUACUGUUCCUGUUACACCAGUUGCAGAGGGUUCUGAUGAACUAGACUUAGAGGCAGAGUGGAUCUAUAAACAGGCGUUCUGUCGACCAACUAUUUCAAUUCAAGAUGCACACCUAAACGCUGAGGCUAAAGAAAGAGCUCGGAAAGGGCCUCAAACGAUCGGUAAAAUUAAAAAAGCUUUAGACUUUAUGCGAAAUCAACAAUUCGAAGUACCUUUCAUAUCGUUUUAUAGAAAGGAAUAUGUCCUACCGGAACUAAACAUUAACGAUCUCUGGAAAGUGUACAAAUUUGACGCCAAGUGGUGUCAACUUCGUCAGAGAAAAGAAAAUUUAUUAAAAUUAUUUGAUAAAAUGCGAAAUUAUCAGUUAGAUGAAAUUAUGAAAAAUCCUGAUGCACCAUUACCAGAUAACGUACGAUUGAUUAAAGAUGACGACAUAGAACGAUUGAAAAAUGUGCAAACCAGCGAGGAACUAAAUGAUGUUUAUCACCACUUCAUGUUAUAUUAUAGUCAUGAGAUACCAGCAAUGCAGGAAGCUGCUCGUCAGAAGGAGAAAGAAGCACGGAAAGAAGCAAAGAUUCAAAAACGAAAACAACAAAUUGCGGAUGCUGAGGAAAACGGAGAAGAUCCUCUGCCGGAAGAGGAGGCGGACGUAGAGGAAGAAGAGGAAACAGAUGAAACAUUAAAACAGGCUGUUCGGACUGGUCCAUAUUCUAUUUGCAGGCGGGCCGGCCUUGAUAACCUCGCAAAAAAGUUCGGUCUCACUCCCGAACAUUUUGCCGAAAAUUUACGAGACAAUUAUCAGCGACACGAAGUAGAUCAGGAGCCAACGGAACCUUUAACCAUUGCUAAUGAAUACUGUAGUCAAAUACUUAGUAGUUCGGAAGAAGUACUAAAAGCUGCUCAAUUAAUGGUAGCUAUUCAAUUAGCACGUGAACCUUUGGUAAGGAAGUGUGUCCGAGAAAUGUACAUGGAAAGAGCAAAGAUAUCUGUAAAACCUACAAAAAAAGGAAUCAAAGAGAUCGACGAAAACCAUCCAGUUUAUGGGAUGAAAUAUUUGAAGGAUAAGCCAGUGCGAGAUCUGGUUGGAGAUCAGUUCCUAAAUUUGGUUAUAGCCGAAGAAGAUAAAUUAAUUACGAUAACAUUGAGUGAUAGUAUCGAAGGGAAUACUAGUAACAACUACGUUGACGAAAUGAAACAACUUUACUACCGAGACGAGUUUAGUAAAAAUGUCCAGGAUUGGAACGCAUUGAGAGUUGGGAGUGUUGAAAUGGCACUUACACGUAUUGUUUUACCGAGUCUAAAGAAAGAGCUAAAAGCAAAUCUUAUUGCAGAAGCUAAAGAAUGCGUAAUGAGAGCAUGUGGUCGUAAAAUGUACAAUUGGAUUAAAGUUGCUCCUUAUACCUGUGAAUUUCCAGAGGAAGAAGAUGAGGAAUGGGAUACUAGUAAAGGACUUCGGGUAAUGGGUUUAGCUUAUGUCCCAGAAUACUCUCAAGCCGCAUUCACUUGUCUAAUCGCACCGGAUGGGGAAUGUACAGAUUAUUUGAGAUUGCCACACAUAAUGAAACGAAAGAAUAGUUACCGAGAGGACGAGAAAACCAUGAAAGAAGCCGACUUGUUAGCAAUUCGAAAUUUUAUAGCAACAAAAAAGCCGCAUGUUGUAGUUAUAGGUGGUGAAUCAAGAGAGGCAAUGAUGAUCGCGGCUGAUAUUAAAGAAUGUAUCGCGAACCUAGUAGAAGAAGAACAAUUCCCAAACAUUAAGAUAGAAAUUUGUGACAAUGAAUUGGCUAAAAUUUACUCGAACAGUAAUAAAGGUGUAUCCGAAUUUCGGGAUUAUCCGGAAUUAUUGCGACAGGCUAUCUCAUUGGGCAGAAGAAUGCAAGAUCCCUUGGUGGAAUUUUCUCAAUUAUGCACCGCUGACGAAGAAAUUUUAUGUUUAAAGUAUCACAACUUGCAAGAUCAAUUGCCGAAAGACGAACUUUUGGAUAAUUUAUAUUUAGAAUUCGUGAAUCGUGUAAACGAAGUUGGUGUUGAUGUGAAUAAGGCGGUACAACAAGCUUAUUGCGGGAAUUUAGUUCAAUUUGUGUGUGGUUUGGGGCCGAGAAAAGGACAGGCAUUGAUCAAAAUGUUGAAACAAACCAAUCAAAGGUUGGAAAAUAGAACUCAGCUUGUAACUUCUUGUCACAUGGGACCUAAGGUUUUUAUUAACUGUGCGGGUUUUAUCAAGAUAGAUACAAACAGUUUAGGAGACAGCACCGAAGCAUAUGUCGAAGUCCUUGAUGGGUCUCGAGUACAUCCCGAAACGUAUGAAUGGGCGAGAAAAAUGGCAGUCGACGCUUUAGAAUACGACGACGAAGAUGCUAAUCCAGCUGGAGCACUGGAAGAGAUUCUCGAAUCUCCUGAAAGACUGAAAGAUCUUGAUUUGGACGCGUUCGCGGAAGAACUUGAAAGACAAGGUUUUGGCAAUAAAUGUGUCACUUUAUAUGAUAUCAGAGCAGAAUUAAAUUGCAGAUAUAAAGAUUUACGUGUACCAUAUCAGUCACUGAGCGCAGAAAGGUUGUUCGAUAUUCUAACGAAGGAAACCCCGGAAACAUUUUACGUAGGGAAAUUAGUCUUGGCCACAGUAAUAGGGAUAAGCCACAGAAAACCGCAAGGUGAUCAAUUGGAUCAAGCCAAUCCCGUAAGAAAUGACGAAACUGGAUUGUGGCAAUGUCCAUUCUGUUUGAAAAAUGAUUUUCCGGAAUUAUCCGAAGUAUGGAAUCAUUUUGACGCCGGAGCUUGCCCCGGCAAAGCUACUGGCGUGAGAUUAAGAUUAGAUAAUGGAAUAUCUGGUUAUAUUCAUAUAAAAAAUUUAUCUGACAGACACGUUGCGAAUCCUGAAGAGAGAGUAAACAUAGGACAAAUAAUACAUUGUCGGAUAAUAAAGAUUGAAGUGGAGCGAUUCAGCGUCGAAUGUACAAGUAAAAGUAGCGACCUCGCGGAUAAAAAUCACGAAUGGAGACCACAAAGAGAUCCGUUUUAUGACACAGAAGCAGAACAAAGAGAUGCGAAAGUCGAAGAAGAUGCCAAGAAAGCGAAGCAACGGCAGACAUAUGUGAAACGCGUAAUCGUGCAUCCUUCUUUUCACAACAUCAGUUUUGCAGAAGCUGAAAAAUUAAUGCAGACUAUGAAGCAAGGGGAAGCAAUAGUUAGACCGAGCAGUAAAGGUGCUGAUCAUUUAACUGUCACAUGGAAAGUUACUGAUGAGAUUUAUCAGCAUAUCGAUGUUAGAGAGGAGGGAAAAGAAAAUGCCUUUUCUCUCGGUCAAAGCUUGUGGAUUGGAAACGAAGAAUUCGAGGAUUUGGAUGAAAUUAUUGCGAGACAUGUUAAUCCUAUGGCUGCAUAUGCUUCGGAAUUAUUGGACUUUAAAUAUUAUAAACCAGCUGUAGAAGGCAUUAAGGAUAAAGCGGAAGAGAUAUUAAAAGAACAAAAGAAGGAAAAUCCUGGAGGAAUUCCGUAUAUAAUAUCUGCUGCAAAGAACUAUCCUGGAAAGUUUUUGCUAUCUUAUCUUCCGCGAACUCGAUGUCGUCACGAAUAUGUAACAGUAUCACCAGAAGGAUUUAGAUUCAGAGGGCAAAUGUUUGGUAGAGUGAGCGACUUGUUCCGAUGGUUCAAAGAACACUUUCGUGAUCCGGUACCUGGACAAUCUACUCCUAGUACUCCACGUGGAGCAAUGACAUCUAGAACACCUUAUCAUACAACGCCAGGAGCAGUGAGUGGAAUGAAUCAAGAAGCCAUACAAAGAGUGGCGCAAAAUCUUCCGCAUCAUAUGUUACAUUCUUUAUCGCAAGUGGCGAAUCAGACUCCUCAUCAUUAUCCACCACACACACCAGGAACUGCGAAUGCCGCUGGUUAUGGUGGAGUUCAUACUUAUCCUAAUACUCCAUACACACCUUCGGGACAAACACCUUUUAUGACACCAUAUCAAACGCCACAUCAUACUCCACAUCAUCAUGGUCAACCAACUCCAAGAUAUGGGCAACAAACACCUAAUCAUCAGCAAGGUCCUUUCAUUCAUCCACCUCCACCUUCAGGGAUAACUUCUACAGGACAUCACAGAUCAACACCAUCGCAUAGACCUACGCCUCCAAUGUCAACACCAGGCGAUCCUAUGGAUUGGAAAAAAGCAGCGGAAGCAUGGGCACGAUUAAAAAGUGGACCACGUGUGUCUACCUCUACUCCAAGAUAUGAAGAAUCUAGGAGAACUCCACGAAAUUACGAAGAAUCGGUUGGAAGAACAACGCCGCGAAAUAGAACUUCGAAUCGGACACCUUCUUAUAAAUCUCCUCGAGGUACACCACACACUAAUUCAAGUCCUCGAAGUAUGUCUCUUAGUGGAGAUGGUACUCCUUUAUAUGAUGAAAGUUAACAGGUUCGCUUAUACAUAAUAUAUCAUACUUUCCGAUUAUAUCAUAUCAUGUGAUAUAAAAAGAAAGAUCUUGAUAGAAGUUGUAAAAGAAUCACGACCUAUAUCUCAUUCAAAAUGCUCUUAACGUUGAGCAUUAAAAGUACUGUAUAAAACCAUUUACCGAGCCCAGUUAUUAACUUUAACAGCAUUUUCUUUUACGUUCAUAUAUUUAAAUAAACAAUAAAACAUAUAUAUAUGUAUC